AUGUUUUCCUCUGCGCUCAAAUCGUUCAGCUCCAACAUCUCGGCCAAUUACCAGAUAUCGCCCAACCCCACUGUUUACUCCGGCCCCUGGAAAAUCCACGACGCAAAGAAAAAGUCUACGGGAACCCCUGCGUCUGUGUUUAUAUUCGAUCGCAAGUCACUCGAGUCGCGUUCUGGCGGGUUUGGGAGAAGCUCCGGAUCUUCCAAAAAGCUCCAAGAAGAUGUGAUCGAACGACUCAAACGCGAAGCGAGUAAUCUCGCGCGUCUACGGCACCCGUCUGUUCUUCAAGUGCUGGAGCCAGUGGAAGACACACGAAGUGGUGGCCUAAUGUUUGCGACGGAACAUCUGACGGCAUCGCUCUCUGGGCUGCUUCUGGAGAAGGAUGACCAAGAGAACACAUCGCGAGGCGGUUCUAGAGGAACCCGCUACAUGGUCGAAGAGGCCGAUGGAACGCGCAGAAGAAGAGAUGUGGAGAUCGAUGAGCUGGAAAUUCAAAAAGGCCUGCUCCAAGUAGCAAAAGGUCUCGAAUUCCUGCAUGAGUCCGCGGGCUUGGUGCAUGGAAACCUAAACCCCGAGGCUAUCUACAUCAACUCCAAAUCAGAUUGGAAAAUCUCUGGUUUGGGAUUUGCUGGGCCUCCGGACUCUUCGGAGACUAAAUCAUCAUUGCCACCAUUGGCUGUGUCUGAAGUUCUUUAUCAAGACCCUAGGCUCCCCGCUUCGGUCCAAUUGAACAUUGACUACACGUCGCCUGACUUUGCUUUGGAUUCAAAUGUUUCGUCGGCUGCCGAUCUCUUCUCUUUGGGUCUCAUCAUUAUCGCUCUGUACAAUUCUCCGCAUGUUUCACCGCUUCAAACGAACGCGAACUUAACUACAUAUAAGAAACUGUUGAGCUCUCCAUCUUCUACUCCGUCCCAAAGCAACAACUUUCUCUGCUCAAAACCAGUUCCAAACGAUGUGCUAUCUCAUGUUCUACCAAGGCUUAUCACGAGGAGACCGGCCCAGCGUAUGAACGCUCGAGAAUUCCAGCAAUCCCAGUACUUCGAUAAUGUGUUAGUAUCUACAAUUCGAUUCCUGGAAUCAUUGCCGGCCAAAAGCCCGAAUGAAAAGUCUCAGUUCUUGCGUGGUCUACAGCGAGUACUGCCUGAAUUCCCUGUCUCGGUGCUUGAAAGAAAGUUAUUGGGAGCACUUAUGGACGAGUUGAAAGAUCGCGAACUGCUUGCUCUGAUUCUGCAGAAUGUGUUUGGUAUUUUGCGACGAAUUCCAAAUGGACGCCGUGUAUUCCCAGAAAAGAUCAUACCCCGUCUGAAGGAGGUUUUCGGGACCGAUUCGGGCAAGACUGAACGAGACUCCAAAAAGGAUGCUGGCCUUAUGGUUGUGCUCGAUAAUAUGAAGCUCAUUGCCGACAACUGUUCCGGAAUGGAAUUCAAAGAUGAUAUUCUACCUCUAAUCCGUCUUGGUCUGGAUUCGCCUACCCACUCCCUGGUGGAUGCUGCAAUCAAAUGUCUCCCCGUGGUGCUCCCCGUUCUUGAUUUCAGUACAGUCAAGAAUGAAGUGUUCCCUCCCAUUGCUAGCACUUUUAGCAAAACAAGCAGCCUUGCCAUCAAGGUCCGCAGUUUGGAAGCUUUCAGUGUGCUGUGCGGUGCCUCUCCGGAUGAUUCUAAUGGACUGGACGAUGACCUUUCUGGUAUCCAGACGAGCAAGUCGAAACCAGCCAAGUCUUCUAUCCUGGACAAGUAUACCAUUCAAGAGAAGCUUGUUCCAUCUCUGAAAGCAAUCAAGACAAAAGAACCGUCUGUGAUGAUGGCUGCACUCAAGGUCUUCCGCCAGGUUGGAAUUGUCGCAGACACCGAUUUCCUAGCUUUGGAGGUUCUUCCGGUUCUUUGGAGUUUCAGUCUUGGGCCGCUAUUGACUCUCUCUCAGUUCAAUGACUUCAUGGCCUUGAUCAAAACCCUUUCUACUAGGAUUGAGCAAGAACAAGCCAAAAAGUUACAAGAGCUUUCCUCGGGUGCUGAAUCGAGUGGAUUCAAAAACGGCGUUGAUCAAUUCUCACGAUCUGCUACCGAUCUCACUUCGCCUGAGACAGAUGGGGCUCGGAACAACUUCGAGCGCCUCGUUCUGGGAAAGAAGACCUCGCCAACAAAUGGUGAUAUGGAUACGUGGGGUAACAUGGAGCCUCAGCCAGCCAAGCCAGCUGCUCCAAGCAUGUCAUCUUCUUUCACAUGGUCUUCAAGCAACACUGCCAAACCUAGCCAAGCGGGUUCGCUAAGUCAACAGUCCAAUCUUGGUUUCCGUUCCAUCACCCCGGAUCAAAAGCUAAGCACGUUCCCAACUCUCGAGCCUGCACGACAAACCUCUCCUGUCCCUCAAGGUUUCCCUGCGAUGCAACCUUCAUCCUCCAUCUGGGGAUCACCUACAAGCCCUCAACCCCAGAUUGGCGCGGGUUCGUCGUUAGCUUCUAUGUCAACCAUGGCACCCUCCAACUCCAUUUCCAGGCCAAUGGAGCAGCAUGCGCCCAACUACUCUGCAUUCUCAAUACCCCCUCCUCCUGCAGGAACUAUGGGAGCCAAUAACGCCAUGAGAUCUCCCCCACUGAAUACAACGAUGCGAUCAACAUCGUUCCAAGGCGCAUCUCCGGCUCAGGGAACUCAAAAGCAAGGUCUGGACAAAUAUGAGAGUCUGAUAUAG